GUCCUACCACAGCAUCCCCCUCAUCAAAGGCGCCUACAGCACCCUAAAUGUCGUCGACAAGAAAGCCCACGGCAGGAAACGUCGCAUUUUUAGCCAAGGCCUCUCCGACCAGAAUCUGAAACUGCUGGAAAGCUCCAUUCCUGAGGGUUGUUGACCACCUGUGUAACCGCUUGAGCGAGAAGCAGGAUAACUUCAGUCCAGUAGUCGCCAAUGACACGGAAGAUGAAUGGGCGUGCCCCAAAGAACAUGGCUGAGUGGAGCGCCUUCUACACGUUCGACGUCAUGACCGAGCUCGUUUUCGGCCGUCCCUUCAACGCCCUCGACACGAACACCCACCACUACAUCCUCGACGGCAUCAUGUCCCAAAUUGCGGCGCAUGUCCCUGCUGACCGAAGAGACCUGGUCGAGAAACUCCACCUCGGCCGCUUUCUCUACCCAGGAGCCAUGGCCAAGGCCCUCCGCUUCUCGCAGGCCGGUCGCUCGAUCAUGGAGGAUCGCAAGCGACACUCGAAUCCGGGGGCCGCGGAUAUCUGCACCAAGCUGCUGUCCGUUAAAGAUCCGGAAGCUGGUAAGGGAUCUCCAUUCCAGGAGCUGUGGGCGGAGAGUAAUCUGUUGAUUGUUGCUGGCUCGGAUACAGCCUCUACAGCGAUGGCAGCAGCGUUCUUCUACCUCUCGCGCUGCCCCAGGGCCUUGAAUCAAGCCACCCACGAAGUUCGCCGUGCAUUUACGUCCAUCGACGACAUCUGCCCCGGAAACCCCGCCCUCGCUUCUUGCGUCUACUUCCGCGCCUGUAUCGACGAGGCCAUACGGCUGAAGCCCUCCGUGGCGGGCGCGCUCUGGCGCGAGGUCCUGCCCGGCGGAGCGAUGGUCGACGGGGAAUUUGUCCCGGCGGGCAUGGAAGUCGGGGCGGGCAUCUACGCCCUCCAUCAUAACGCGACGUAGUUCCCGGAGCCGUUCGGCUUUCGUCCGCAGAGGUGGCUGGGGAGUUCGACCGGCAGAGAGGGGAUGAAUCCGAGUGCGUUCGCACCGUUCUAGGCCGGGCCGAGGUCGUGUGUGGGGAAAAGACUAGCCAUGAUUGAGUUUACGGUGGUGCUGGCGAGGAUUCUUUGGCGGUUUAAUUUGCGGGCUGCGGCUGGGGAUUGGGGAAGGUCGGCGAGGGGGAGGGGGUCAGGCUGGGUGAGUGUCAUACCGAUUUUUGCUUUACUAGCAAGAAGGAUGGGCCG